CUCCGAGGCUACCGCAUUGGGCGGGGACUGUUAGCACAAGAAUGGAGGCGAUCGGCGGGUAAACGUUUCAUUACACGCUUUGAAAUGUGAUUUUCUUCGGAUUUUUUUCAGUUUAUAGAUCUCCACACCACCGACGGUCACACGGGACAAUGAAGAGGCACUGGCUGGUGUGAGCUUAAGGACUACACGAAGGGGUUGUCCAACGAGAGUAAAUGAGAGGCGAGGAAAAAGAAGGGCCCGCCGUCGCAGCCGGAGAGCUUCGGGGAAAAGUGGGUAGCGCCGCCUGACGGACCGCCCGACGUACCGGGGAGCAACCGUCAGGAAACCGCGGUGCCGAAAAACAGGUCUGCAAUAUCGGAGGGAGCGCCGCCAACAGCUCUCCAUACGCCAUCACACACUGUGGGAUCCUUCACUGGGCUUCUGCAUGAGUCUGCAUUUAUUAGACAGACGCUUAACCUUUAAAGCCUCACCUCUUCUCACACAACCCCUUUCCAUGAUACAGUUUACAUAAGGCAACACACACACACACACACACACACACACACACACACAUCUGGUACCAUCAUGGCUGAGCAACAGGAGGAGACUGAGGGUGUGUAUGUGGAGCACCAGUAUAUGUGCAGCGAGUGCCAUCAGCUCUUCAACACCCUCGAGGAUGUGCUGAUCCACCAGCAGAUCCACACAGGACAGGAGGGAGAAGGGGAGGUAGGGGAGACCAUGACCAUCCACAGUGUCCAUGACAUGGGGCAAACCCAGCAGUACCAGUGUCUGGAGUGUGGGGCCUUCCUCGUGAACCCAGAGGAACUGCUGCAGCACCAGGAGAUGCACAUGAGGGAGGUGGGGAUGGAGGUGGAACAGCAAGAGCUGUGUGAAGUUUUGGAAGCAGAGGAGGCAGGGGCAGGGGCUGAGAUGUCAGGACCGGUCCAGUAUCAGUGUCUUGACUGCCUGGCUCUGUUUGACUCCCCGGACACCUGGCUGGAGCAUCGGCGCACCCACAGCAGGAGCAGCACACACAGCAACACAACAACCAUGGAGUAUGUGCUGCAGCCUGAUGGCACCAUAACUCCUCUCAACAGUAUGCAGAACUAUGUGCUGAGUGAGCAGCAGGCUGGAGAGAUCUUAGCGCAGGUACUUGCCCAGCAGCAGCAGCAGCAGCAGCAACAACAACAGAAGAAGCAUCAGUCUGUUUCUAAACUUGCUGCAACCUCCCGUACCGCCCUCCUGCCUCCAGUGACAGCCACCCCUGGCUCAGCCACCAUGCACCUGCAGAUCCUCACAGCUCAGGCUCUGGCAGACAACUCCAGCACUCGCAGUCAGCGCCGCUCCAAGCUGCCCCCGCUCCUGCCUGCCGUGGCCCGAAGCUCCGUCGCAAAGCUGGGGAAUCUGGAAAACAAUGUCCAGAGAGUGGAGUUAAGGUUGGCCUCGGGUGUUCAGGGAGACAACCAGCAGCAGCAUCAGCAAGCAGAAGUGGUAGUCAUCCACCCUUACGAGUGCUCAGAGUGCUCCCUUCUCUUCCAGACCCCAGAGGACUUCCUCCAGCACCAGGGGGAGCACUUCCUGGGUCAGGAUAAAGAGAGUGGAGAGCCAGGGGUCAUGGGGAGCUUUGAGGAGGCACGCGGGAGGGAGGAGAUGAUUGAGAAGGUGGAGGACAUUCGGGUCAGAGUAGUAGAGAAGAAAGCAGCAGUCUGGGCUAAACCCCAGCAGUGUGAGCUCUGCAACCGCACCUUCACGUCCGUCAACCGGCUCGCUGCUCACAAGCGUGUGCACGAGCAGGGAACGCAUGAAUGUCCAGAGUGUGGUAGAGUGUUCAAGAAGGCAACAUCACUGCAGACACACAUGCGCACACACUCUGGUGUAGCAAGGUACCUGUGUGUGGACUGUGGCAAUGGCUUCACUACUGAGAUGACUCUUAUAAUGCACAGGAAGUCUCACACUGCAGAGCCUCUUCACAAGUGUCAGUUCUGCAACAAGACCUUCACCAAUAUGACCAAGUACCUCUACCACCGCAGAACUCACCUCAACCGAGACUUAUCGAGCAUGUCUGCCUCGGCAUCCAUGAGCUCGGCUCCAAGAAGAGCAUCUCUCUCUGCUCUCGCCAUUCUGCAGAGAGCAAGAGAGAAGAGGAAUUCCCGCGAUGCCGAGGUUAACAUCCACCUGCUGGCCCCUCUAACAGAGGACGAGAUGGAAAGACUGGGGGAAGAUCCAGGACAGAUCUCUCAUGCUAAAGAGGGAGGAGGUGAAGUGGAGGAGCGCAGGGAGGAAGACAACAUGGAGGUGUCUGCUCAAUCUGAAGUACACACUGAAGACUCUCUGCAGGUGGAGGAUGCCACCAAAUCUGGUACAGCUAAAGACUUUCUGCCCCCGGACAGCACAGGUGUCAGAGUUACUCCUAACUCGGCUGACUCUGCAGAAGCUGCCCCAACUGUGACAUCGAACAAAGGGUCUUUUUCUUGCCGUUCAUGCUCCAAAAUCUUCCCCUCCCAGAUUCAGCUGGUCCACCAUCGGAGGAAGGCCCACGCCACAGAGCGCAGCUUUGUUUGUGGCAUCUGUGGGAAGUCCUUUAAGAAGCAGAUCCAUGUACGAAACCACAUCCGCACUCACACUGGCGAGCGGCCCUUCCAGUGUUCUGACUGCGGGAAAACCUUCUCCUUCCUGGCCAAUCUGAUGAGACACAACCUCAUCCACUCUGGUGUGCGACCAUACCGCUGUGACGUCUGCCACCGCUCCUUCUCUCAGUCCUCCAACCUUCAUCAGCACACCCUGCUGCACUCCAACACCGCAGCACUGAGCUGCCCAGACUGCCCCGCCACCUUUCACUGGCCCACCAAGUUAGCAGCGCAUCGCUACACCCAACACCCCGGAUCCCCGGCCCCUUUCCCGUGUCCUCACUGUGAAGCUGGCUUCCUGACAAGAAAGCAGAGAGACAGCCACUGUUUGGAACAGCACCCAAAGCUGUUGCAGGCGGGUACAGGGGUACAGAGUGGAGGGGAGACAGGCAGCCAAUCAGAGGCGGGAAAGGAUGUGACCUCAGAGCCCUCCACCUCAACAGCAGAAGAGGCUGCAUCAGGGGAUUCAACUAGUCCCAUGCGAGGUCUAGAUUGCAGUAUGUGUGGGAAGAAGCUGAAUUCUCCCGCUAAUCUGCGGCUACAUAAACUGAGCCACUUCGCCGUAGGCCCAGGGCGACCGCGCGGCACUAACGGGAAGCGCCCCAAAGCCCACCAGUGCCCCGUCUGUGGCAAACUGUUUGUGUCUUCUUCAGGAGUAGCACUUCACCAGCGAGUCCACACUGGCGAGCGCCCCUUUCCCUGCCAAGUGUGCGGCAAGCGUUUCCGUCAGAACACACACUUGCGGGAGCACCUGCGCACACACUCGGGCGAGCGGCCUUUUCGCUGCGAAACGUGCGGCAAGGGUUUCAUCCAGAGUAUGCACCUGGCUGAACACCGCCGGACUCACACAGGAGAACGACCACACGUGUGUCCACUGUGCGGCAAAGCCUUCAAGACCUUCUCCAACCUGAGGAACCACAAGAAGACCCACGUCCGGCAGCAGAGGCUGGAUCAGGAGGCAGCUGCUCAGGCUGCCAUGGAGACCAGCUCUGCCGUGGCUGUGGUUAAUGCUUCGGCGGUAGAACUGGCUAAUGGUCAGCCUCAGGUGAUCCAGAUCCAAGCCUCAGAUCUUCAGCAGGCUCAAGGCACUCCUACCAUCAUGUGUAACGAGUUUGGCGAGACCAUAGCCAUCAUUGAGACCAGCGAGGGUGGAGCACUGCCCCUGGAGCAGGCCUUGGAGAUCUAUCACACAGCUUUGGAGAACGGCCUCGCCAUGGACACCCUGGACAGUCUGCAGCUCCUCUGAGGAAGCUUACAACAAAACCUUUCUUCUGUUGCUGAUUGGACGAGUUGGUGCAGGUCCAAACACUGCCUAAAACGAAGUGCUCAGUAAUGAUUUACUUGAACUGAAGAAUUAACUAUUGGUUGUAAGAAAUUCACCAAACAAGACCAAAGUAUGUCAGCAAAGCUCUUAUAGGGAUCAGUAUUAAAUGUAAUGAAAUAAUGUUUUCUAAAUUGGCUUCAUUAGGAAUAAGGACCAUUGGUUGUGCCUCCGAUCAUAUUUGUAUGAUUCAUUUUAUCAUUUAUAUGAAGUAGAUGUGAUUUUUGUUCUCAUGAUUGAAGGCUCAGUCAGCUGUUGACAUUCUGUUCUAAAUAUGUGAAAUCAAUAAAUGCUUUUUUCAAGAUGAUCUA